AUGGCCGGAGAGGCGGGAAGAGACCCCCGAGCGUGGCUAGCCGUCGACGAGACGGCGGCGGCCUUCCUCUCCCGUUCACUCUCCUCGCGCCCCCCCAUCACCCUCCCGCCGCCACUCCACCGCGCGCCUCUCCGCCCGGGCAACGUCGUCGAGAUCGCCGGCCCGUCCAACUCUGGCAAGUCUCACCUCCUCCUCAUGCGCUUCUUGUAUGCCCGAUGUUGCAACAGUCCUGAAUUCAUAGCUGCUGUGAAGACUGUAAAGUCUCAAUCAAGGAGGGAAGUGUCCAGUGCUGGUAUAUAUUUUGUUAUGAUAGACAGCAUUGGUGCGUUCUACUGGAUAGAUCGUGGUUCUCAACCUGCCCGAGAGAAUAAAGGGAGAACACUGCAAAGCAUUACUGAAAGUGUUGUCCACGAGUUACGCAAGCUUUUACAACUUCAACCUGCAUUGGUUUUGGUCACAAAGGCACCCAUUUAUGGGGAAGGCACUACAACAGCAAAUGACUUCAAUUGGGUUUCUUCAAAAUACAUUCUGGCGGAUUCAACUGGUUUGGGGUAUUCAAGACAGGAGGAAGAAAGAACUCUCUCUAAUCGGGAAUAUAUGCCAUCAAUAUGGCAGUCCUUUGUUAAGCACAGGAUAAACCUUCAAGUAGAAGCAGAAGUUCCCUCUGUGCUGGAAAGUGAGGUGCUUCCUGUGCAUACUUCUGAGUGGGUGCAACCUUACCUCAAAACGAAGGGGAAGUUUUCUAUUAUGGAUGAUGGUGUUAGCCUUAUCCAGUGA